CGUUAAGUGCAUAAGGUGUUCUGAAAAACUUAUGUUAUUACAUUAUUAAGCCGCAGCUUGUGUCGCAGCAACACAACGCCAUACCAAUGACAAUCUAUAUUGACAAGUCUAUGGAUUAAUCGAUAUAAAUAUGAUGAUUGUUUUGCUGUAAUAAUUGUGGCGCCAAUUUGUCAAUUUUUAUAUAAAAAGGCCAUUUUUAUGGAUAAAUCGUCGUAAAAAUGCCGGCCUUCCUCAAACACAUUGAGGUAGAGAACUUCAAGUCUUAUAAAGGUAGACUGGUUAUUGGACCUCUGAAAUCAUUCACCGCUGUAAUCGGUCCAAAUGGAUCCGGAAAAUCAAAUUUUAUGGAUGCCAUCAGUUUUGUUAUGGGCGAGAAGACCAGCAGUUUACGAGUCAAACGAUUUAACGAACUCAUACAUGGGGCAUCGAUUGGAAUGCCCGUUGCACGAAGUGCAUCGGUGACUGCGGUUUUUGAAUUAGAAGAUGCUUCGGAAAAAAGUUUUAUGCGCUCUGUUCAUGGCUCGUCGUCGGAACAUCGUAUAAAUGGAAGUGUGGUUACGAGUCAAGUUUACUUAAAUGAAUUAGAGCAAUUAGGAAUAAAUGUUAAAGCAAAAAAUUUCCUAGUUUUUCAAGGUGCUGUUGAAUCAAUAGCCAUGAAAAAUCCUAAAGAAAGAACUGCACUUUUUGAAGAAAUAAGUAAUUCUGGCGCUUUGAAGGCGGAAUACGAACGGUUAAAGACGGAAAUGCUAAGAGCCGAAGAAGAAACACAAUUCUCUUAUCAAAAGAAAAAAGGAAUAGCCGCAGAGAGAAAGGAGGCCAAACUUGAAAAAGAAGAAGCAGAAAAGUAUCAACGUUUAAAGGAAGAAUAUGUAGAAAAACAGGUGGAGCUGCAACUAUUUCGCCUUUUUCAUAAUGAAAAAGAAAUAGAGAACUUUGAAGUAUCAUUAAAGAAGAAACAGCAUGAAAUUGAAAAGCAAGAAAAGAAACGCGAGAAAGCUGAUGAAGUAUUGAAAGAGAAGAAAAAGGAAUCUGGUAAAUUGGGACGUGACUUGGCCAAAAUUGAGCAAGAUAUACGCGAAGUAGAAGUUGAAAUUACAAAGAAACGACCCGCCUUCAUUAAAGCAAAGGAGCGUGUUGCUCACAUGCAAAAAAAAUGUGAAUCGGCAAAAAAAUCAUUGGCACAAUCUCGCGUUGCCGACGAAGCUCAUAAAAAGGAUAUAAAUGAGCUUUUAGAGGAGCUUCGUCAAGUCGAGGAAACUAAAUCGACGUACGAAGCUGGUAUUGCAGCACAGUCCCAAUCUCAAGGUCGUGAUGUUCAAUUAGAAGAUGAGCAGGUAAAAGAAUACAAUAGCUUGAAGGAGGAAGCUGGUAAGCAAUCGGCAAGAUAUACUCAAAUGCUUGAUUCAAUCAAUCGAGAGCAAAAGUCUGACCAGGACAGAUUAGAUAAUGAAGGACGGAAGAAAACUGAAAUAGAAAAUAAAAUUAAACAAAAAGAGCAUAUGCUCGAAGAGGCUACAAAACGUAUUGAAAAAUUAGAGGAGCACAUUCGUACUUCGGAAGCUGCAUUAGAAGAUCAGAAAAAGUUACGCGUAGAUUUGCAAAGUGAUGUUGGUAGUUCAAAAGAUAAGAUUCAAGAACUACAACGAGAGCUAGAAAAUAUUUCAGAACAGUUAGGAGAUGCUAAAGUCGAUAAGCAUGAAGUAUCAAGAACAAAAAAGAAAACAGAAAUUGUUGAAAAUUUCAAAAGGCUGUUUCCUGGAGUGUACGAUCGGAUGUAUAAUAUGUGCGAGCCAAUUCACAAAAGAUAUAAUGUCGCUAUUACUAAAGUCCUUGGGAAGUAUAUGGAAGCUAUUGUUGUGGAUACAGAAAAAACUGCAAGACAAUGUAUUCAGUAUCUGAAAGAACAGUAUCUUGAACCUGAAACAUUUUUGCCUUUAGAUUAUAUACAAGCCAAGCCAUUGAAAGAGCGUCUCAGGAAUAUACAAGAACCAAAAAAUGUAAAGUUAUUGUACGAUGUGUUGCGUUUCUCUCCGAAGGAUAUCGAUCGAGCAGUUUUAUUUGCAACAAAUAAUGCUUUAGUCUGCGAAACUCCCGAAGAUGCUAAUAAAGUAGCUUAUGAAAUGGAUAAGAAAGCGAGAUACGAUUGCGUGGCUCUUGAUGGAACGUUUUAUCAAAAAGCAGGUAUUAUUUCCGGCGGUAGCUUGGAUUUAGCCAAAAAAGCCAAGAGAUGGGAUGAAAAACAAAUGUCUCAAUUGAAAGCUCAAAAGGAAAAAUUGACGGAGGAACUUAGAGAAGCCUUAAAGAAAUCACGGAAAGAGUCAGAAUUAAAUACCAUAGAAUCACAGAUUCGUGGUUUAGAAACCAGAUUAAAAUAUAAUAAAAGUGAUUUAACGGCUACGAAGAAACAAAUCGCCGAGUUAAAAGGAGAAUUGGAGAAGCUGCAAAGCGAACUUGACAAAUUUGGACCAACGAUAUCAGCUAUUGAGAAAACGAUGGCCGAACGCGAUCAAGAAAUUCAAAAUAUCAAAGAGAAAAUGAAUAAUGUCGAAGAUGACGUUUUUACCAGCUUCUGUGAAUCUAUAGGCAUUUCAAAUAUUCGUCAAUACGAAGAGCGAGAAUUAAGAUCACAAGAAGAGAGAGCCAAAAAGAGAAUGGAAUUUGAAAACCAGUGUAAUCGUAUUCAAAAUCAAUUAGACUUUGAAAAGCAACGUGAUACCGAAAGCAAUGUCUUGAGGUGGGAGCGCGCAGUUCAAGAUGCCGAGGACAAAUUAGAAUCCGCCAAACAGACAGAAAAGAAUCAAAAGGCCGAAAUUGAGAAUGAUGAGACGCAAAUGGAACAGCUCAAGUCAGCUCGAAAUGCUAAGAAAAUGGAAGUGGAUCAAAAAGACGAAGAGAUAGGAAAAUGUAGGCGCGAAGUCGGCGCUAUAGCAAAAGAUAUUCAGGCAGCUAAUAAGCAACUUAAUUCCAUAGAAAAUAAAAUUGAGCAACGUAAAAGCGAACGUCAUGCGAUUUUAAUGCACUGCAAGAUGGAAGAUAUUGCUAUUCCAAUGCUUCAUGGAAAUAUGGAAGACAUUGCUGGAGAUGCGAGUACAGUUAUAAAUGAAACAAACAGUGACACUAGUGUUAGUACACAGAAGCAAUAUGAAAGAGAAAGUCGCAUAACAAUAGAUUAUUCAUCAUUGCCAGAUAAUUUGAAGGAUAUUGAUGAAGAGGACCUAAAGAAAACGACAGAUAAAUUAACAAAAGUUAUCAAUGAAUUACAAAAUACUAUACAGCGCAUUCAAGCUCCAAAUAUGAAGGCAAUUCAAAAAUUAUAUCUAGCGAAAGAGAAGCUACAAGAAACCAAUGAAGAAUUUGAGCAGUUACGUAAGAAAGCCAAGAAGGCAAAAACACAAUUUGAAAAAGUUAAAAAAGAGAGAUAUGAUAGGUUUACAACUUGUUUUGAACACGUUUCGAAUGAAAUCGAUCCAAUUUACAAGAGUUUAGCAAAAAAUCAAUCUGCUCAAGCCUUCCUUGGACCGGAAAAUCCUGAAGAGCCUUACUUGGAUGGUAUUAAUUAUAAUUGUGUUGCACCUGGAAAACGAUUUCAACCAAUGUCCAAUCUUUCUGGAGGUGAAAAAACUGUAGCAGCACUUGCUUUGUUAUUUGCAAUACACAGUUAUCAACCAGCUCCAUUUUUUGUUUUGGAUGAGAUUGAUGCUGCUUUGGACAAUACAAAUAUUGGAAAAGUUGCUAGUUAUAUUAGAGAUAAAACAAAUUCUCUUCAGACUAUUGUUAUAUCACUGAAGGAAGAAUUUUAUUCGCAUGCGGAUGCACUUAUCGGAAUUUGCCCUGAUGUUGGAGAAUGCUUAGAAAGUAAAGUCUUAACUCUAGACUUGACCACAUUCCCAACGCAUGUUAGUUAGUGUGUAUAUUCUGAAAAACAUUCAACAAACAUUUUUCCCUUAUAUUGACCUUAAAAUAUUAAAAUUUUGACAAUGCGAUUUAUAUAUAUAUGUAGAUGAUAAAUAUGUUUUAUUAAAUUAAAAUAAUAGAAAGGAAAUUAUUUAUUACAUUAUAAGAAGAUAUCAUAAGGACAAGAAUUGUUCGAGAAUUUUCUAAGUUAUUUUUACAAAGUGGAUUAUGAGA